CAAAGUUAAAAGGCCCGAGAAACGACCUACCAGCGUGGACGGCUCUAUGUGGGGCCGCCCUCUCCUUCUACCUCAACGUCGUCAAUUGCAUCGUCACCAUCCCGAGCGAGCAUUCCGACUAUGUCAGGAGGUGGUUCAGGGAGUUAUGUUUGGAAGCCCUCAGAUUUCGGAGCCAUUGAGCGAUUCAAACUAAAUUAUCUUGACAGUAUCGAGCGGAGGAACACGAUGCCCGGCCAAUUACGAAUAGCAUCGAUUUCGAGUAACAUGGGUGGCGGUUCUAGAUUUGAGAACUGGCGAUCCCCUCUGUAGGUCAAAGAUCCAGUCAUUUUGACACGCCGCCGUCCUCCGUUCAUUCCAUUGACUUGUACACU